CUGGCUCCCUCUCUCUGACUCUUCACUUCUUGACUUGGUUUUCUGAGCGCUACUUCCUCACUGAAACACACAGGCAUAUACAAGAGAAGAGAAAAGCCAGAUGGCUUUGAACGGAGCCGGCACCGGAGCAGCCUACAAUCCCCGGACCGUCGAAGAGGUCUUCCGAGAUUUCAAGGGCCGCAGAACUGGCCUGAUCAAGGCCCUCACUACUGAGGCUGAAGAGUUCCAUCAGCAGUGUGAUCCUGAGAAGGAGAAUCUUUCCUUGUAUGGAUUCCCCAGUGAGCUUUGGGAAGUCAACUUACCUGCUGAAGAAGUGCCUCCGGAGCUGCCAGAGCCUGCACUAGGUAUCAACUUUGCAAGAGAUGGUAUGGCAGAAAAGGACUGGCUAGCUUUGGUUGCUGUUCAUAGUGAUGCAUGGCUACUUUCUGUUGCCUUCUAUUUUGGAUCCAGAUUCGGGUUUGAUAAGACUGAAAGGAAGAAACUUUUUAGCAUGAUUAAUGAACUUCCAACAAUAUUUGAAGUUGUGACUGGUACUGCAAAGAAGGAAGUAAAGGAGAAGCCAUCUUCAAACCAUGGCAGCAACAAAUCCAAGUCAAGCUCCAAAGCGAGAGGUUCAGAAUCUCAGGGAAGACAGUUGGAAGUGCUGCCCCCAAAAGAUGAAGAUGAGGGGUUGGACGAAGACGAGGAAGAUGAACAUGAAGAAGAGACAUGCGGAGCUUGUGGCCGAGGUGGGCCAUCUUCGUUAGAUGAACCCUGGAUUUUGUGCGAUUUUUGUGAGACGUGGUUCCACAUGAAGUGUGUGAAGGUGACCCCUGCAAAAGCAAAACAGAUUAAGCAGUACAAAUGCCCUUCAUGCAACAACAAGAGGGCUCGCCCCAUGUAGUUUUAUUCUAAUGGCGUUUUUCUUGUCCUAAACAUUCAGAACACAUUAGUGAUAGCUUGUUGUCUAUUUAUCUUCGACUAUUUGAUGUUUCUAUGUAAUCUUAGCAUUUUUAGUACUCGAUCCAGUACAUUGCUAAAUUCAUAAGUAUUUGUAUGGAUGAUUAUCUCGAUAAAGACCAAAAAGGAAGCUUCAUGUCCAAA